UAACUGCAGCGUCCAUCAUUCUGUAAUUUUCACGGUUUUGUGUUGUAUCAAAACAAACAUCGAUUAUUUUUUUAGCCUAGUUUAUUUUUUUUUAAUUUAAUAUUUUGUGUUUGAACUUCUGUGAAUACCUAGCGGUGUUUGUGAUAAACGUUCAGCAAUAUUUAAGAUCAAUGGCUCCGGGAAUUGCGGAUAAGAAGAACAACACUCUCCCGUUAUGGGGUAAUGAAAAGACCAUGAACUUGAAUAACUUGAUUUUGACGAACAUCUUGUCAUCACACUAUUUCAAAGUUAAUUUAUAUCAGUUAAAAACUUAUCAUGAAGUUAUUGAUGAAAUUUAUUAUAAAGUGAAUCACUUGGAACCAUGGGAAAAAGGCAGUCGUAAAACUGCUGGGCAAACAGGUAUGUGUGGAGGCGUACGUGGUGUUGGAGCGGGUGGUAUUGUAUCCACUGCAUUUUGUAUUCUGUAUAAGCUUUUUACAUUAAAAUUGACUCGGAAACAGGUUGUUGGAUUGAUAAAUCAUAACGAUUCUCCAUAUAUUCGAGCAUUAGGAUUCAUGUAUAUCAGAUAUACACAACCGCCUGCUGAUUUGUGGGAUUGGUAUGAGCCUUACUUAGAAGAUGAAGAGGAUGUUGAUGUCAAAGCUGGAGGUGGACAAAUUAUGACAAUUGGAGAAAUGUUGAGGCAUUUUCUAUCAAAAUUAGAAUGGUUUUCUACUCUCUUCCCACGUAUUCCUGUUCCAAUUCAGAAGGAUCUUGAAACAAAGCUAUCAGAUUGGAGAGCACGAACUAAAACAACAAAUUCAGCAGCAUCUCAUGAGCCGGAUCAUAAUGAUGCUGACAAAGCUGCAGAAAAUCAUUGGGACAAAGAUGUGCAUCCAAGAAAGACUUCUCAUUCAGACUCUAAACCCAGAGAUUCUGGAAGGAGUUUAAAAGAAUCACGGUAUCGAGAUGAUGUUGCGGAUGAAAUAACUAGAGAGAAGGAUCGACAAAGGAAAGAGAGACAUGAAAAAUCCUCAAAGCAUCACCACCACCAUCAUUCUAGCAAACGGCACAAGCACUCAAGCCAUAGAAGUCGUAGUAGAAGCCCAGGAGGUUUUGAUCACAAGCAUUCUCGUCAUAGAUCACGUAGUAGAAGUCCUACAGACAGUCAUAGGCAUCGUUCACAUAGAACACAUAGUAGAACACCAUCUGAUAUGGAUUAUAAACAUUCUAGCCAUAGAGCUCGCGUUUCUUUGGAAAGGGAUUCAAGGCAUUCUAACUAUAAGACACGUAGUCCUGUCGAAUCUGAUUCUCGUUAUUCUGGCAACAGAAGUCCAACUGAUCAUAGACAUAGAAAUCAUCAUCGAUAUUAAUUUUACAUUAUUCUGCAUCAUAUACAGAUUAAUUUUCAUUAGAGGAUGUGCCUGUUUUAUGCAUUGCAAGAAGAAAGCAAUACUAAAUUUUACUUGUUAACAACUCAUUUUCCAUUUAACUUACUAAAUUUACACAAUGAUAUGUUGAAAUAAAGAUGCAUAUAUUGAUUCUUAUGAAAUCCAUUGUUAUCAUAUAUAUAUAUAUAUAUAUUAUAAAAUAUUUAUGUGAUAUGAUUAUACUUUUGUUGUAUAACAUUAUAGUUUGAAAGCUGUUUUAUAGUAUUAAACCAUUUCUGCACAGCUUUUAUUUCUGUUUCUAAUGGAAAGAUGCUGUGCUCGCCUUCAUUCUUGAAAAGUAUAUCUACCAGUGUGGUUUUAAAAAAUAUUUCAUUUUGUUAUGCAAUAAUCAAAAUUGCAUAUGUGCCUGUAGACAUUUUGAUAAGUGUCUUGUUUGCAACUACACUAAUACAAUGAAAACUUAUUGCUCAGUUGCUUAAAUAAAAAUGUUGCAUUUUCCAAGGAUAUUUAUUUUUUUAGUCUGACAUUCUGCAUAAUACUCAUCUAGCUACUUCAUGCAAACAAUUUGAGCAAUUAAAUCUUCAAAAAAUUAAUUUUUUUCAAGGAAGGUUUGCAUUUUAUCUAUUUUUGUUUAUACCUAAUGACAUGUUAGGAACUAGUAUGAAGAAAAAUGAAUCACUGUCCUCUCGUAAUAUGCAAAAUAUUGGGAUACUGGCUGUCUUGUGCCAAAGAUUGAUUGUAUGAUUACAAUACUUUUAUUUUGUUAAUACUUUAUUUUCUAGAUUGUCAUAUUUUAAUUACUUGAAUAAGUUAUUUAUACAUUCAAUCCAUAUUUUGAAAAAUAUUUUAAAUAAUUUUAUCUUUAUUUAAACAAAGAGAACAUGUCUAACUAGACAUUUUCAUGUUAGAAUUGUUUGCUUAUAAGCUAGUAUGUUUUAAAGUAUUGCAAAAUGAUAUCUUGUUCCUUAAAAAAAGUUUGAGAAUUUUUAUACAUAUGAAAAAUUAUACUGGAUAUGUAUAACGAAAAAUAAAUUCUGUUUAAUUAUAUGCAUA